AUGCGGUGCGAGGAGACGCGAAACGCCGAACGAGUGCGAAUCAUGACGUUCAACGUCCUGUGCCCGGCGUACAAACGCUCGGGGGACGACGGACGCGAGAGCGACGACGGGACGCGAGCGAUGACGCGCACGAUGCGAGCGAUCGACCUCGUGACGUCGACGUCGUCGGACGUGAUGUGCGCGCAGGAGUUCUGGCACGCGGACGAGGCGACGGCGGCGGCGUGGAUGACGGCGCUCGAGCGGGACGGGUACUGGACGCGGGCGACGAAGCGGACGAGCGGACGGUGCGAUGGGUUGUUAACGGCGGUUAAGAAGGAGACGUUGGAGGUGUUGGACGCUCGGGACGUGUUGUUUAACGAUUGCGGCGAUCGCGUGGCGUGCGUGGUGCGCGCGAGGAGAACGAGCGACGGGACGGAACUGAUCGUCGUGAACACGCACCUAUUGUUUCCGCACAAUGAGAAUUCAAGUCUGAUUCGAUUGAGGGAAUGCUUUAAGAUUUUGGAGUACCUGCGAGGGAUGAUGCGUGAGCCGGAGCUACGCGGGCGAAAGGUGCCGAUCGUCGUCACCGGUGACUUUAACGGUUCGAACAAGGGACGCGUGUACCAAUUUUUCAAGAGUCAAGGCUUCGUCAGCGCACUGGAUUCGUGCCAGGCCAGAGACGGGUGCGUGACGCCGUGGAUCUCGCACUUGAAUCAUCAUGGUGAGUGCGUUGGUGUCGAUCACAUGUUCUUGCUGAAUCCGAGCAGGCAAGUGAUAGAACUUGGCGCGUCGUGGAAGGAGGCUGUGUUCGCAAUGAUGCGGGCAAAAAUUGUGGAGAAAGGGCUCGUUGACGACGUGGCUGCGUUCGCGGCAGUGGAUGAAAAUGACGAUGGUUUACUGAGCAAGGAUGAAUUCUUCGAGUUCGCGAAUAGAAUCGGACUGUGCGGCGAAAAGUCUCCGGGGCUCUUGCCGGCGGAGCUCGAAGCUUUAUAUGACGCGUGCGACAAGGAUGGGAACGGGAUGCUCGACUUUCAAGAGUUCGUGGAGACUAUGGACAUCGAAGGUAUGGCUCAGGCGAGUAGCAUGACAUCUCUCGAUGUUGGUGAUUUCAUGGCGAGCAGUGCGGCCGGUGUGGUGGUGUUCCCGAUGGAUAGUUGGGAUCAGGAUGUUUGGGAAAUUGGCGACCUCGCGAUAAAGAACGCAUUACUUCCGGACGCCAUGAUCGAAGGGCAGUGGCCGUCGCCGGACGACUUCGACGUGAGCGAUCACGGACCCCUCGUCGUCGACUUUGCGCUUCAGUAG